GUCGAUCCUACCAGCUAUUCCCAUCAUAGCUAUACUCAAUUGCGAUCUUUUAUGCAAAAUCAAGCCAACCGUUGCCCCUCUAUCAUGAGAUUGUACGAUAUCGGUACAUCCGUUGAAGGUAGAAAAUUAUACGUUAUGGAAAUUUCUGACAAUCCAGGACAACAUGAGUCUCUUGAACCAGAACUUAAAUAUGUUGGCAACAUGCACGGCAAUGAAGUUACUGGACGUGAAUUGUUGUUGUUUUUGAUCGAAUACAUCUGUACCAACUAUCCUAGUGAUACUCGUGUUAAGAAUCUUGUAGAUUCUACUCGCUUACAUAUCAUGCCCACCAUGAAUCCCGAUGGUUGGGAAAGAGCUCAAGAAGGCGAUUCAUCUGGCGUCACUGGCCGUUAUAAUGCUCGUGGUAUCGAUUUAAAUCGUAAUUUCCCUGUCUCUACCAACUAUGUCCGAGGUUUAAUCCAACCUCGUGCUGCUGAAGUCGAAACAACUGCUGUCAUUAACUGGAUUGCAAGCUAUCCAUUUGUAAUCUCCGCCAAUCUUCACGGUGGUGCCUUGGUUGCUAACUAUCCAUAUGAUGACAAUCUUCAACAUUCUGCUGUCUACAGUCCUACAUCUGACGACGACAUUUUCAAGGACUUAUCUAAAGCCUACUCUUUUGCUCACGCUUCUAUGUCCAAGGGUCGUCGAUGCCCUGGAUCUUCCGAAUCUUUCCAAGACGGUAUCACCAAUGGUGCCGACUGGUAUCCUUUGACUGGUGGUAUGCAAGAUUACAACUACCAACAGAGCAAUUGCUUCGAAAUUACUUUGGAACUUAGCUGCACGAAAUAUCCAGUAGGCAGUCAACUAUCUGGCUUCUGGCAAGAUAACAAGAACGCUUUAUUGACUUAUAUGGAACAAGUUCACCAAGGUAUCAAAGGUAUCGUUACUGAUAAUCAAGGUAGCAGAGUCUCUGGUGCUUCUAUUUCUGUCCAGGGCCGUGGUAAAGUAAUCAAAUCUACCACUGAUGGAGAAUACUGGCGUCUUCUUCUACCUGGUACUUACUCCGUUACUGCCUCUGCUUCUGGUUUCUCCUCUACCACCAAAUCUGUAACUGUUUCUUCUAGCGGUGUUAGCCGUGUCGAUUUUACUAUGACUCCUGGUAGUGGUGGCCCACAACCAACUGAUCCCCCAACUCAGGCACCAACUCAACCGGCUUGGUGGUUUUAAAUAAAUUUCUUGAUCACGUAAAGAAAAAAGUGAUUUAUAUUGAUAGAGUAAGAUGCAGUUAUAUUUUAGAAAUCACACCUAAAUACCGGUGAAAUAGCUAUGCACAUGUUAUACCUUUGUAUCGCAUUAGAUGCAAUAUUCGAUAGAACUAUGCGUUCUAACGAUGUGAUGUGAAAUAUAUGAGCAUUAAAUAAAAAGUAUUUUG